UUCCUGUCCAUCUGCGGGCGCGUCAGGGAUUCUGGUACACAAUGGCUGAUGAUCAAGAGAAAGAUUUGCAGAAAUUUCUUAAAAAUGUGGAUGAAGUCACCAAUUUAAUUCAGGAGAUGAAUUCUGAUGACCCAGUUGUGCAACAGAAAGCUGUCCUCGAGACAGAAAAGAGACUACAGCUUAUGGAGGAAGACCAAGAGGUGGAUGAAUGCUGGACCACCUUGAACAAGACUGUGAUCAGUCCUCCACAAGCUCCUAUGAAGAAUGUGAAAGAAAUAAACUCAGAGGCCUUCUUGGCAUCUGUGGAGAAGGAUGCAAAGGAACGAGCCAAGAGAAGAAGGGAAAACAAAGUCUUAGCAGAUGCCCUGAAGGAAGAGGGGAACGAAGCGUUUGUUAAGGGCGAUUACGAAACAGCCGUCCUGCGCUACACUGAGGGCCUGCAGAAGCUGAAGGACAUGAAAGUGCUGUACACCAACCGCGCCCAGGCUUAUAUAAAACUCGAGGACUAUGAGAAAGCACUGGUGGAUUGCGAGUGGGCUCUGAAGUGUGAUGAGAAAUGCACAAAAGCAUAUUUCCACAUGGGAAAAGCUCACCUGGCCCUGAAGAACUACAGCAUGUCUAGAGAGUGUUAUAAGAAGAUCUUAGAAAUAAACCCGAUGCUGCAGACACAGGUGAAAGAUUACCUGUGUCAAGUAGAUCUUAGGGAGAAAGCACACCUUCAAGAGAAGGAAGCCCAUGAACUGCUGGAUUCUGGAGAGAACACAGCUGUGACGACCAAGAAUCUCCUGGAGACCCUUUCUAAGCCUGACCAGAUCCCCCUGUUCUAUGCCGGGGGAAUCGAGAUCCUGACUGAGAUGAUGAAGGACUGUACAGAGCAAACUUUAUUUAGAACACACAAUGGAUUCAGUACCAUCAGUGACAACGAGGUCAUAAGAAGGUGCUUUUCCACGGCAGGGAAAGAUGCAGUUGAAGAGACCGUCUGCGUGUCUGUUCUCAAGCUCUGGCAGGCAGUGUGCUGUGGGAACGAGGAAAACCAGCGCAUGCUUGUGAUGCACCCCGAUAGGGGCAGGCUGCUGCCCUCCCUCUUGGCCUCCGGAGUCCCGGCCGUCGAGCAGCAGAGCCUGGCCCUGCUGCUGCAGCUCGCCCAGACCGAGAACGGACGGAGCCUGAUCCUCGGCCACCUUGACCUCACCCGGUUAUUGGAAGCCCUGGUGUCAUUUCUUGAUUUCUCGGAUAAGAAGGCCAACACCGCCAUGGCACUGCUCACAGACUUGGCUCUGGAAAAAAGAUUCCAAGUCUGGUUCCAGGCCAGCCUUCCAGGUGUGCUCCCUGCACUCACAGGCGUGCUGAAGCGAGAUCCCAAGGUAACCAGCUCCUCGGCUCUCUGCCAGUGUAUUGCCAUCAUGGGAAACCUCAGCGCUGAGCCUGCCACCCGAGCACACAUGUCAGCCUGUGAGGACUUUGGGGAUGCCUGCCUGGGUCUCAUGGCCAGGUGUGAGGAGGAUGUGGACCUGUUCAGAGAGGUCAUCUACACCCUUCUGGGACUCCUGAUGAACUUGUGUCUGCAGGCCCCCUUUUUCUCUGAGGCCUGGGCUGUGGAGGUGAGCAGAAGGUGCAUAUCUCUACUAAACGGCCAGGAUGGAGGAAUCCUGACAAGAGCUGCUGGUGUUCUGAGCCGGACCCUUUCUUCUUCUCUGAAAAUCAUCGAGGAGGCCCAGAGAGCAGGAGUGGUGAAGAAAAUGAUUAAAUUCCUGAAGACAGGAGGCCACACUGCCUCACGUUACGCUAUAAAGACACUAGCCAUCUGCACUAAUAGUCAUCACGAAGCUCGGGAAGAAGUAAUAAGACUGGAUAAAAAGCUUAGCAUCUUGAUGAAGCUGCUGCACUCAGAGGAUGAGGUUCUGGUGGGCAACGCCGCCCUCUGCCUUGGUAACUGCAUGGAGGUGCCCAACGUCGCGUCUUCCCUGCUGAAGACAGACCUCGUGCAGGUCUUGCUAAAGCUCUCAGGUGGCGAUGCGAAGAAUACGGCUGUGCAGCUGAACGCAGGCAUCGCUCUAGGCAAGCUGUGCACGGCUGAGCCCAGGUUUGCUGCUCAACUGAGAGAGCUUCAUGGGAUAGAAAUUCUCAACUCUACGAUGAAAUACAUCAAUAAUUCUUGAGAGACGUGGUGUCUGUGUGCAUGUUUGCAAAAACACAACCGUACGCUAUGGAUUGUUCCUGUGCUAAUAAAGGCCUUUUCAAUAUCCACU